ACACAAUUGAUGGCAGAUUUAGAUUCAGAUCGAAAAGAAGGGGUAAAAGAACUUCAAUAAUUUGAGUUUAGGUUUUUUAGAUCGAAGAUUAUGGGGCGUUUUGCUCUUCUCCUCUUACUAGCUUUCGCUUCAUUUCAAGCCCUUUGCUUCGCCGCUGAUGAUGAUACGGCCUUUUAUGACUCAUUUGAUGAGCCAUUUGAUGGACGAUGGAUCGUGUCCGAUAAAGAUGAUUACAAAGGUGUAUGGAAACAUUCAAAGAGCGAAGGACAUGAUGACUACGGGCUUCUUGUGAGCGAGAAGGCACGGAAGUAUGCGAUAGUGAAUGAGCUCAAUGAGCCUGUGAGUCUCAAGGAUGGAAGCACUGUGCUUCAGUUUGAGACUCGCUUUCAGAAUGGGCUUGAAUGUGGUGGUGCAUAUUUGAAAUACCUUCGUCCUCAAGAGGCUGGAUGGAAGGCUAAGCUAUUUGACAAUGAAUCCCCUUACUCUAUCAUGUUUGGACCUGACAAAUGUGGAGCCACAAACAAGGUUCACUUCAUCUUGAAGCAUAAGAAUCCUAAAAGUGGGGAAUACGUCGAACAUCAUCUUAAAUACCCACCCUCUGUCCCAUCUGACAAGCUUACUCAUGUGUACACUGCGAUCUUGAAGCCUGACAACGAGGUUAGAAUUCUGAUUGAUGGGGAAGAGAAAAAGAAGGCUAACUUCCUCUCAGCUGAUGAUUUUGAGCCACCACUUAUCCCUGCUAAGACGAUUCCUGAUCCAGACGAUAAGAAACCUGAGGACUGGGAUGAGAGAGCCAAAAUUCCCGACCCAAAUGCUGUAAAGCCGGAUGAUUGGGAUGAGGAUGCUCCCAUGGAAAUUGAAGAUGAGGAGGCUGUGAAACCAGAAGGAUGGUUAGAUGAUGAGCCUGAGGAGAUAGAUGAUCCUGAGGCAACCAAGCCAGAAGAUUGGGAUGAUGAAGAGGACGGUGAGUGGGAAGCCCCCAAAAUUGAUAACCCGAAGUGUGAGACAGCCCCUGGUUGUGGUGAAUGGAAGAGGCCAAUGAAGAUGAAUCCAGCUUACAAGGGAAAAUGGUCUGCUCCACUAAUUGAUAACCCCAAUUACAAGGGUAUUUGGAAGCCUCAAGAGAUUCCAAACCCCGACUACUUUGAGCUUGAUAAGCCUGACUUUGAGCCUAUUGCUGCUGUUGGUAUUGAGAUUUGGACAAUGCAAGAUGGCAUAUUGUUUGACAAUAUUUUGAUUGCCAAAAAUGACAAGGUUGCUGAGUCAUAUAGGGAGACCACAUGGAAGCCUAAGUUUGAGGUUGAGAAAGAAAAACAGAAGGCUGAGGAUGAGUCCACUGAUUCAGAUGGACUUUCAGGCGUCCAGAAGAAGGUCUUUGAUGUCCUUUACAAGGUUGCUGAUAUUCCUUUCUUAAGUGAAUACAAGCUUCAAAUCCUUGAUCUCAUUGAGAAGGCUGAGAAACAGCCAAACAUCACCAUUGGUGUCAUCGUCUCCAUUUUGGUGAUUAUCCUCACAGUUCUCUUCAGACUUCUUUUCGGUGGCAAGAAGCAACCAAAAGUAGAGAAGAAUCCGGAGGUUGCUGAGACAUCAAACAAUCAAUCAACCAGUGGAGAAAAGGCUGAAGAAGAAGAAGAAGAAGAAGAAGAAGAGAAAGAAGGAACCGCUGCUGCUCCUCGCAGAAGGAGGCGUGACACUUAAAACAGAGGUGAAUGGUGAUAAUAUGUUUUUAGUAUGGGAAAAUUUUUGGGCUUUAGAAGUGGUCUUCAUAGCUGAAACAUUCAUGGUACCUGGUGAUUUUUGUUUUUUUUUAGUUUUACUUGAUGAAACAUUAUUAGAUUGUAUUAAUUGAAGAGUGUAAACAGAGACAAUUUUUCAUGUCAUGUGCCUCAAAAGCAAAAACCAAGUAGAGGGAGUUGAAGUUUAUGGUAUGAUGGUGUUGAAACCCCCAACCUUAAUGGAUAUGCUGGAACUUGUAGAAUUUUGUUAUAACUAGUCAGAAAAGUUUCAUA